AUGGCUAAAACCAAUGCGCUAGAGAAAUGUAACACCAAUUUCCUACAACAAUCAAAAACACAAUCAGACACAAACGAUGGAAGCGAAAUCAUCUCAAAUGGAAAUGUCAUGUUCCAGUCUGAAUCAGAUCCUGAGAGUGAUCCCGGUGAUCAGGAAAUUUACUUGUCUCCUGUUGAUCUUGACAAAGAUGACUUUGAAGCUGAAGAUAGAAGAAAGACACUGCUGGAUCUUUACGCUCGAGAUCAUACUUCAAUUUUCAAAUCACCCGCUCUCAGCGUCAAUAGCAGUCAAGACAACGAUGAGUACAACAGCAACAACAACAACACCAGGAUUAGUGAACCCGAUGAGCAAGAUGAUGGUCAAUUGUGA